AUGGAUGUGGCCUGGUGAAUGACACCACUGCUGCUUCUGGCUUUGAAGACUGCUGUGGGGAGUGCCCAGUCCAGACUUCCACAGGCCAGGACGGACCUGCUCAGUGUCCGCAUGGAUGCCAAGCAUCACAAGACAAAGCCAAGUGCCGAGGACGAUUUCUAUGGCCAGUGCAGUCCCUAGAGGAAGAAUGCCUGCUGCCUCGUCAGCACCAGACAGGAGCUGCACAAGGACACUUCCCACUUGUAAAACUUUAACUGGGUCCACUGCAGCAAGAUGGAGCCCGCCCGAAAGUUGGCUGACAACUGUCUGUAUGAGUGUUCACCCAACCUGGGGCCCUGGAUGCAGCAGCUAAACUAGAGCUGGCACGGAUGGCGUAGAGAGUGGGUCCUGAACGUGCCCCUGUGCAAAGAGGAUGAGCGCUGGUGGGAGGAUUGUCGUACUUCCUACACCUGCAAGAGCAACUGGCACAAGGGCUGGAACUGCAGCUCAGGUUGA